AUGUUUAAGAACCAGCUGCAAGAACUUGCACAAAGAAGUUGUUUCAACCUCCCUUCUUAUGCUUGCAUUAGAGAAGGACCUGAUCAUGCUCCAAGAUUCAAAGCUUCUGUGAACUUUAAUGGGGAGAUCUUUGAAAGUCCAAGCUACUGCACUACAUUAAGACAGGCAGAGCAUGCAGCUGCUGAGAUUGCCCUUAAUGUUUUGUCUUCAAGGGGUCCUUCAAGGUCUCUAACAGCAAGAGUUCUUGAUGAGACUGGAAUUUACAAGAACCUACUUCAAGAAACUGCCCAUAGAGCUGGGCUUAACCUCCCUGUAUAUACCACUGUAAGAUCAGGUCCUGGUCAUGUCCCAAUUUUCACUUGUACUGUGGAGCUUGCUGGUAUGAAUUUCACAGGUGAGCCAGCAAAGACAAAGAAGCAAGCUGAGAAGAAUGCUGCUAUUGCAGCCUGGUCUGCUUUGAAAAGAUUUCCAAACUUGGAUUCCUUGAGUAGUAAAGAAGUAGGCACUCGUGAAGAACAAGAUCAAGCUGUUGUGGCAAAGGUAUUGUCAAAUUUCAGAUCCAAAGAUGAUGGUAAAUAUGCAAGAAAGAGGGAUCAUAACCAAGCAAGAAGAAGAAUGGUUAGGGGACACAGAGACAGUAUCUGUGCAUCAUCUUCCUCCGCCUCAAAUAACUCUCUACAGUAUCCACAUUGGAGGCUUCUGGAUCUUAUCUUGGAUUCUACCUUAGAUGGUUCAACAAAAAUGCAAAAGUCCUCCUUUAUGUCUCUCCUUCCUCCACCCCCACCUAGGACAACUUCAAAGAUUUUGCCACCAACCUCACAUACAGACAAUCAAUCUCUCUACACAUCAAAUAGGCCUAUUCCAAUACAAAUUUGGGGAAAAUCACAAGUUAAAGCACCUGAGAUUCCAGUUCCACUUGAAGAGCAUUUAAAGGAUGAAGAAGAAUGGUUAGGUAUUAAAUCAGAUGUCAUCAAGAAACCUGUUGAGAAGGAGAAUGCAAGCAGUUCAAGUUCUAGUCCUUAUGGUUCAAGUUCUAUUUACAGGCCCUUUCCUUUCUCCAAUACUGGGAAGCCAGUCACUUCCUUGCUUGAUAGCACUGGCCAGAAUGAAUCAACCCACAUCAGUGGCAGAAUUUUUGGGUCUACAAAUCUAUCUCCAAUGGCAUCAACUUCCAUCAAUACACCCUCAAAUACCCAUAUUCCAAGACCUAUGUUCACUGGUGGGUUUAACCCUCACAGGAUUGCACCAGCUGUUCAAAUAAGGUCAGUGAUUCCAGUUUGUGCAGCACCACCACCGCCAAUCAGACCCCCACAAGCAUCAUCAGCUACAAGUGCUCCUUCUUCUACCACUACUGGAGUAGCUGAGGUAUCAAUGCUCAACAAGACAGAGUCAAAUCAAACUCAACUGAGUUCUACUGAGUUCAAAAACAAGCUACAAUUAUGA